AUGAAGAAAUCUAAAUCCACAUUGAUUUUAACUAAGGAAUCAAUAAAAGCUUAUGAUAAUGUAGACAUUUUAUUCCAAUAAUAUUAAGUACCCAAACAUAGUAGAGUAUUAAAAUUUAAUAACAAUUUGAAAGAAAAGUUUAAUAAAAAAUACAAAAAGACAGAAAAAAAAAUUACAAUUAAUGAAUUUGUAAAGCAAACUAAAUAUAGCGAUGAACCUUAAAUGAAGUUAUUGGAAAAAGUGGAGAAUCCUUAUAAUUUUGCCUCAAAUGUGAAUACAGAAGGGUUUUUAAAGAAAUAUUAUUCAAAUCUAAUUAGGAUUGGAUUAGUAAAGCCUCCUUUGAGAAUAGCUCCUUAAAAUCAGGAGGCGAUUCAAAGAUCAAGAGUAAUUUCAGCAAUGAAAUUAAUUGAGCACACUCAUGAUUAAUUGAAACCAAAAAGAGCAACGAGCGCUGCCUUUGGAAAAGUAGAUCCUUUACUCACAAUCAAUGCUUUAGUUUCUACAAAAGAGAGUGAUAUGAAUGUAAGUGCUCAAAAGCAUUUUGAGAAGAACAAAACUAUGACAACCUUCUAUCCAACACCUAGAACAUAAUCAUAGCCUUAAUUAGGUUAUCACAACAAUGUCACUCCUAGACAUUCAUCUGUAAUGGAAACACCUAAAUGCGAUACUCCAUAAUCGAGAUCAACAAUGGCAAAAUCAACACAGUUGCUUUUUAGACCUUAUUCUGGGUUCAUGGAUCAUACUUCACGUUUGUCCUAAUAAUCAGAAAUCAAUAAAAGAUUAAAGAGGCCGAAUCAUCAUAUAUUUUGA